GAGGCGAACGCGAGGGAGAGAGUGCGCGGCGUCCGGCCUCAGCAUGCUGACCGCGUUCGCCCCACCAACCCUGCCCGGGGUCCCAGGGCGGCUGCCCGCGGCCCCCGCGCGGCGCCAGGACUCCUCCAGUUCGUCAGGCUCCUACCACACGGCUCCGGGUUCUCCAGAGCCCCCGGACGUUGGGCCGGACGCGGAGGGCAGGGCGAAUUGGCCCACGGUGGCCCCUGUGCUGGGGGAGGGCGCGCAGCCUCGCCUGUCCGUCAGUGCCCAGAAUAGCCGCCAGCAGCUCGGGCCCGGCUCGGGUUUCCCGCGAGGCCCGGCCUCGGGCCCGCGGCCACCCCAGCCCCAGCUGCGCAUGCUGCCGUCGGGGGAGAUGGAAGUCAUCUUCGGCGCCGGGCCCCUGUUCAGCCGUUCUGACGCAGAGGAUAGCGAGGUGCAACAGCUCACGACGCAGGCCUUCCGCAGCCUCUCUCCGCCCGGCUCCGCGUCUCCCAUCUCUGCCGAACCGCAGCCCCAGGGCCCCGACGGUGGCUCCCGCUGGGCCACCUACCUGCAGCUGCGACCCCGCGGGCCGAGUCCUGCCACCCCAGCGCAGUUCGAGUGUGUGGAGGUGGCGCUGGAGGAGCGUGCCGCGCCUGCCAGGACCCGGACGGUGCCCAAACGUCAGAUCGAGCUGCGCCCCCGGCCCCGGAGUCCCCCGCGGGAGGCCAGCGCGCCGCCCCCGCGACUGUUCCUGCGCACCGGCUCCCUGGACGAGUCUCUGGGCCGCCUGCAGGCUGCCGCGGACCUCGUGCAGACGGCGCUGGCCAGAAAACUGAGCCCCGCGACCCCUGCCCCAAGCAGCGCCACCUUCGGACCCACGGUACCGCCAGAGCCUGCGGCCCCGGAAACGCCCCGCAGUACUCGAGUGGCUCUGAAGGAGGCCAGGUCUCGGCCACCUCGUGUGCAUUAUAGUUCAGCCCCCGCCAGGGCCCCACGACCGUGGCCUAGCCUCCGUGAGCGCGCAAUUCGGCGCGACAAGCCCGCGCCCGGGACCGAGCCUCUGGGUCCAGUUAGUUCCAGCAUCUUCCUGCAGUCUGGGGAGAAGAUCCAGGAGGCGCACCACCAGGAACCCAAGACUCGGUUCCCGCAAGAGACUCCGGAUCGAACCGUCCUGAGGGCACAGAGUCCGUCUUCCCAGUCUAGGGCCCCCCGGGAGGUUUCGAGUAAGCCCGUGAGACCGAGGAGCCCAUCCCCGCUGUGGCAAGCCCCAAAUGGGACCGUGCGGGGUCCUCGCUGCCCCUCGCCCCAGAACCUGUCCCCGUGGAAUAGGGCUAUCCGGAAGGUGAGUGGCCCGUCGCUCCCCGAGGCAUCCUCCGCAUGGGGAAAUCAGGAUGCUGCUGUCACGGAAACUGUCAGCAGGAAGAGCCCUUCCCCUCCGACCCUUUCCCAGUGGAAUCGGGGUGUUGCCAGUGCAAGAAGCCCAUCCCCCGAAGCUCCUUCCUCGUGGGAGGUUCCGCAUCCGGCAGGUGGGGAUAUAGUUGAGGGGAGUAGGAGCCCGUCCCCGCCAAACUUGUCCUCAUGGGAGACUCCAGAUCGUCCUACUGGGACGUGGAGCCCAUUGCCCCAAGAGACGUGGGACUCCACAGUGCAGAGCUCAGCGGUAGUUUCUACGCGGGAAGCUAUGAAUGGCGUAGCCCAGGAGGAACUGGUGCCACCCACGCCAUCUGCACCCGGGACUCCAGAGCUAACAGAGGCGCAGAGUCCGUCCACGCGGGAGAUGCCGGAUCUUGCCUUCCCAGGCAGCCAGCUGUUGCCAGCGGUGGCUGCACCCCAGCUGCCCCUCAGUCGCCUCGUGGGCACCCUGGAUGCCGAUGCGCGCCCGGAAGCCUUGGGCUCUGGAGAAGCGGCCUCGGGACGCCCGCGCGUGGCCAUUCCGCGGCCCCGCGACGUGCGCAAGAUGGUGAAGACCACAUACGCGCCAAGCUUCCCGGCAAGCACCCCAGGCUCAGGGCUCCCUGUGCCUCCUGCGGAACCCCGCGGGGAGGAAGGCGGCGCAUCCAAGACACAAGAGCUUCAGGCGCUGGGGGCCCACGCCCCAGCUCACUACACUUCCGUUUUUCUCAAGGACUUUCUGCCGGUCGUGUCACACCCCUACGAGACCCCAGAGCCAACCACAGACACAGUCCCCCGGGACGUUACGCAGCCCAACGGGGUACUGCGGCGGAGGGCAGAGAACAGCACGGCGAAACCCUUCGCGCGCACUGAGAUCCGCCUGCCUGGUGCCUUGGCCUUAGGCCGCCGGCCGGAGGGAACCCAGGGAGUCGUGGUGCGCGGUCCUGGCGGAAAGAACAGGGAUGCAGAGCCCCAGCGCAGGGUCCCCGACGACAAGGGUCGUACCAGCCCUCUAGGCGGCGCUCGCACCUCACCCCAGAAGUCGCCGAUAGGGCCGGCAGGGACCCAACCUCCCAGACCGCCCCGCCCUAGCUCCCCGCAGGCGUACCCUAGCUCGAGCCCUGGAAUAGCAUCGAAACAGGAGACGCCACCUAUGGCCCCUGAGCCCGCGGUUGCGGUCCAGUCGCCCCUCCCGCGGGAGCCCCAAGCGUCCGCUGGCAGAGCGGCCCCGCCCCAGGCCCGCGCCGCCUCGGCGCCUCCCAUGGACCGGUCCCCGGAAGGCCCCUCCCAGGGGGCGCGCAGGCCGCCCGGGGCCGCGCACCCGGGGAAGGUCCUGGUGGACCCAGAGAGCGGCCGCUACUACUUUGUGGAGGCGCCGAGGCAGCCUCGGCUGCGGCUGCUCUUCGACCCCGAGAGCGGGCAGUACGUGGAGGUGCUGCUGCCACCCUCGCCCUCGGUGCCACCCCGCCGCGUCUACACCCCGCUGGCCCUGGGCCCCGGCCUCUACCCGCCGGCCUAUGGGCCUAUCCCUGGCCUCUCACUGCCACCAUCCCCGGGCCCGCCGGCCUUCAGCGGCCCCCAGCUACCCUGGGCCUCCGAGGCGGGGCCCCUGGACGGGAUGUACUACCUGCCAGUGAGCGGGACCCCCAGCCCCGCGCCUCCUCUGCUCCUCUGUGCUCCACCCUCCAGCUUGGGUCCCGCCCAGCCGAGCAAGGGCUCCUUGUUCCCCGUGUGAGGCCCCAGGGC